AAGCUUUAUCAUUUCAUCAAAAAAGCAUCGAAGCAUUGCUGGGGGAUAGAACUUGAACCAGCAGCCAAAACAUGAUCCCUCUCCUGCUUUCCCUUCUGUGUAUCUCCUCCCUGCAGCUACCCUGCGUCAAGAGCGAAGAUGGCAACAUCACUUUCAUCUUUAUGCUCUCCCGUCCCUCCAGACAAAGGGACUUCUUACUCGAGGAGAACACGGCCGGGGUCCAGCCAGCUGUGGACAUGGCCCUAGACUAUAUUAACGAUAGGGAAAGCCUACUUUCUGACUACUCCCUCUCUUACGGUGAAGCUGCUGUCAACUCUCAGUGUGAUUCAAGGGUUAGUUUGAGGCAGUUUUUCGAUGAAAUACGUUCCAGCCCAAUUAAAUACUUCCUGCUGGGCGCUGGCUGCUCUUUAGCGACCGAAAAUGUCGGAGAAAUUGCUAAUUUUUGGGAAAUAAUAACAAUGUCUUAUGCUUCGCAAUCCUCGGUAUUAAAUCAGAGAUCUUUGUAUCGGAAUGUAUUUCGUACUGUUCCUUCUUCCCUCGGUAUAGCUGAUAUAGUUGUUGCUCUCUUUGCCGAGUAUAAUUGGAAUAAGAUAGUCACGGUAACGCAGCAAGAAUCGGAAUUCGAAGCUAUUGCUUCAGCUAUAUACGGUUCUUCUAUGAUGGCGGAGCAGUUGUAUUUUCAAUCGGACGAGGAUGUUGCUAACACAGUUUCCUUUGGAACAAGCAGCAACACAAGGAUAUACUUGCUGAACAUGUAUCCACCUCACGCCAGGAGAGUUCUUUGUGCUGCUUAUAGAAACGAUCCCAAUAUCAAAUAUCCUCGCUACGUUUGGCUCGUCUAUGGCUGGUAUCCUGCGAAUUGGUGGACUGAAAGUGUGUCCGGGUAUGAUCCAAUGGUCACUUGUACUGAUGAGCAGCUACAGUCUCUACUGGAGCGAUCGCUAAUACUCUCUAACUAUCCACUCACUUAUGAAACUGACUCCACCCCCACUGAUGUUGGACUGACAAGGUCACAGUUUUUCGCUAUGUAUCGUAACUUAACGGCAUCUUACAAUUAUUCCGAGUCUUAUGCUGCACCAUUUGCUUACGAUGCUUUGUGGGCUGUCGCUCUAGCAAUUAACAGUUCGAUUCCUAGCCUGAGUUACAAUCUAUCUCAGUUUGAUCACAAGUCAAUCGGUCGCUCCAUCACUUCAGACAUUGCCAACACACUCUACAACAUCUCCUUCACUGGUGUAACGGGUACUGUCUCCUUUAAUUCCAAUGGCACCAGACGGGAGUCUGAGCCGAGGGUUUCUCAGUAUCGUUUGACUAACGGAGAACUCAGUCCGGUUCUGAUUGCACGUAUCAACGUGUCCUUGAAUGCUAGUGGAGGUUUGGCUUAUACCUGGGUCUACCUGAAUAAUGAAAAUAGUGGCAGUGUAUGGUCGGACGGUGUACCAAGUGAUGGUACUCCAGAGAUUUCGAUAGUCGGCAUAUUGGUGUAUGUAUACGUACCAGUUUAUAUACUGGGAGUGAGCACCAUCAUCACUGGAAUCAUCUUUGCCAUUGUCAACUUUAUAUUUCGCUCAAGAAAGAUAAUUCGGCUCACAAGUCCUAACUUAAACUACCUUAUUGUCCUUGGCUGUAUAUUAAUGUCAGCCUCUGGCCUCAUAUACUCCUUUCCUACAACAAACUACACUGCAGUCUAUGUUCUCUGCUAUAUUCGGGCUUAUACUCAGUUGGUUGGGUAUUCUCUUUGUUUCGGUACCAUCUGUGCUAAGAUGUGGAGGGUUUAUUUUAUAUUUCACAACCCGACACCAAAGAAAAGAAAAGCUAUUAAAGAUUGGCACUUGUUUGCAGUAGUACUGGUGCUGUGUAUCAUUGAUCUUGUGUUAAUGUCUACUGCUCUUGGUGCCGAUAGGCAGUAUGUUCCAAUUUUAGUGGAUGACAAAGAAAGGAGUAACACAGAUACGAAUGAGUAUGGCAUUGUUUACGAGUACAAAAAUCGAGUCUGUGAUUCUCCGCGUAGCAUAAUUUGGAUUGCGAUUGUCUUCUUGAAGAUGUUUUUGGUCCAGUCCGCUGCCGUGUUCUUUGCCAUAAAGACUCGUCGAGUCAAAAUCAAAGUCCUAAAUGAUGCCAAGUGGAUAUCAAUCAUCAUUUACGUCACUUCGUUUGUUUUGGCUGUGACUUUAAGUGGAGCUUUGGCUCUCGCUAAUUUCUUGAACGCUGAUGCAGCUGUGUUCAGUACCGGACUCAUAGUAGUCUCGUUCCUAGUGCUGUGCAUCCUUUUCAUACCUAAAUGGUACAGUCUUUAUAAGGAUCCACAAGGAGAGAAAAUUUUUGAGAAAGGCAGUCAGCCCUCCUUCAUGUCUGCUGGUAACAACUUGACGGCAGUAGACCACGAGAACAUGGUCCAUCAUAUUGAGCAGCUGGAGAAAAGACUGGGAAAAUACGAGGCAGUCACUCCGUACCAGACUCGUAAGCGUGUCCUCUCCAGUGGUAGUGCACUGGAUACCAAUAACCCACGACUGGCAGCACUAAAGAUUGGUAAUAAUAGUAGAGAAGGGCGGAGUCUUAGCUACUCACCCGGUCUGGAUGUAACUGCAUCACUACCUGUCUCGAGAUUAGGACUAGCAAGAUCUCCGGCCCCUCCCAGCCCCAACAAUAUUAACAAUAGUGGUGAUUCCGGGGUCAAUGAUUCAUCGAAGGAAAAUUCCGAGGACAAACCCCGCCCAGCUGGUAACGGGAACAUGUUCACUUUAAGAGAAGAAGCAGAGGAAAGUAACGAAAGUAACAAAGAUCUAAAAGAAUUAAACGAUUAUAAAACAGAGUCUCAGAGGGUCCUUACUUUCGAAGACGAGCUCCAUGAAUCACCGUUUUAAAUUAACUAAUAAUAACUAGAGAUAUAUUAACUAUAACUAUUAAUAAUAUAACCAAUGGUAUGUGUGUGUGUGUGUGUUGUGAAAUUGAUAUAUAUAAUAGUUACUGGUGGGUGUGGUUGAUACUCUCCAUCAUUAUAUGAGUUCUAUCUUGAAUCAAAAAUAUCUUUUUCUUAUUAUUUUUGUGCUUAUUACAUGUUUUGUUUUAAAGAAACUGUUUUUUAAAAGUAAA